CAGCCAUUACGAAUCUAAGCUUGUGAGUAGAGUCAAUAUAGUGUUCUGCAAAAUAUGUCGAAGUCUUUGAAAUGUAACGCCAGAGCAAUGAUGGCCCGGUCCCAGUCAAGGUCACGGUCAGAGACGCCUUCACUUUCAAGGACCUGUAUGAUGUUUGGCGAAGCCACCGGAGGCUCUUAUGUAGAGUCUCAGGUGGAACUCGAACAGAAGCUGUGGCAGCCUGUUCUAGCCCAGAAAACUGGGACUUCGGCAGACAUAUUUCGGGCCCCCUAUGGUUCUGUGGGAGGCCUUCCCCAGAAGAAUGAACUCCAGCAGUCCAUUCACGCUGUACCGAUUGAACGUGCGGCAGCGAUGGACUUGGACGAAAAGGAGGGGGAAGCGGCGGCGGCAGAACAUCGGAACUUCCGCUACCAGCUUGCUACUUCUCUUGUAGAUCGCCACCUCCCACAAGAAAUUUCAGGAACUGAUUUCAAAGUUCAGAGACUGGACAGGGGUACUUUGCAUGUUCCUGGGCUGACUCAGGGUAGCAAAAACAGAAAAUAUUGUCACAUGUGUCUUCGGAAUGGUAUCAAGAAAAAGAUAUAUUUGUAUUGCAUCACUUGCGACGAAGCCCUUUGCCCAGAUGAAUGUUGGACAGUUUGGCACACUGUCCUAGAUCUACCUGGGAAGAAUGUAUAUUCCCGUAAAGGUAGGCGGAAGUGACUACAAUUUAUCUUUUUCUGGUACCAUUGCCUUGGUUUGUUUUUAUACUAGCCG